AUCCAUUAUUCAUUUGAGACUUUAGUGCAUUCACACUGAUUCUUAUCUGUGGAUUUUACAAUUUAAUGAAAGAUUUUUCUUCAGUGAGAACAACGAUGUUUAGGAAAAUCUCAACGGUCUACUUUCUUGCGCUCGUGUUAUUUGUGGUACUCAUUGAGCAUGGAAGUGGUACAAAAAUGCUACAACAGCCUGGAGGAGGGUCUGGAGCAGCAGCAUCAGCUUCUUCUACCAGCCAGAAGCGCUCAAAUGAAAUGACCCCCAUUGAGGCAAUGUCGAUGUGCAAUGAAAGUUUUCGCACUACAGAAGAAUACCUCGAUCAACUAAAUAAAACAGGAAGUUUCCCAGAUGAGACCGACAAGACCCCAAUGUGCUUCAUAAAAUGCUACUUGGAAAAAAUGAACAUUCUCAGUGAUGAGGGUGAUAUCAACGAUGUUAAAAUCUUCGAGAUGUUCCCCAGUAUGAAUAGCGAUACAAUUGAUGACUGCAAGAAGGAAAUGGACCAGUCAAACAAUGUCUGCGAAAAGGUAUAUUUUCUCGUGCGUUGCGUGAUGACUCGACUUCUUGUUGAUGGAAGGAGCACCGACAAUAAAUAGAGAGGAUGUUAAACACGUGUAAUGCAAGGAAAAAAAUUUGGGGCGUUUGUUUUAGAUCUUUGUAAAUAGAUAUCACUUGACAUUGCGUAAUAUACCCUUAAAUGUUAGUACAAUACAUUAAUUAGUGCUUUUACUAAUAAAUUGUGUGCAAAUUAAAGCGCCAAAAAUGGCGAUAAACAAGAAAA